AGAGUGUGGGGUCCCUUAUGACUGUGUCUGGUGGGUUGGGGGGCACUGCACGCUCUUUCAUGCCCCAUCGUUGCCUCUUUACUCGACCAACGUGAGCCUGGACCACACCCUCUUCUGACUAUAAGAACCCAUCCCAUCCCACCCCCUUCCCUCUCCUCCAAAACCCAAUCUCAUCAUUAACAACACAAUCUCACUUCUAAUUCUACUGCAACCAAACACAGUCUUAGUUUUCAUUCAUUAAAAUUCUCAGAGGAAGAAGAUGAAGAUGAACAGUGCCAGCAUGGGUGGAUCAAAGAGGAGACUUUCAUCCAGCCGUGGCCUGGGAGGAGUCCUUAGAGAGCAAAGAGCCAGACUUUACAUCAUAAGAAGAUGCGUCGUCAUGCUUCUCUGCUGGCAUGAUUAGCCAAUAAUUUCCUCGUAGCUCGCUGCUCAUGGUGGCUAUGAGGAUCUUUGAGCUCUUUUUUUUUUUUUUCUAUAUUUUUUUUCUUUUGGUGGAGUGUAAAUAUAGCUGCCUGCGGAUCCGAAGAGAAAAAGAGUAUUUGACCAAUUUUUGUUAAGGGGUUGGUCUUUUACCAUGGCCUAAACAUGUAAAGUAGAUAUAUAUAAAUAUCAUGAAUUUAUUUAGCAAAUUCA